UGUAGGAGGGUUCUUCCGGGGUUAUGACGCUAAAGUGGGUGUCCGGAAUGUUUUGCUGAGAGCCGGAAUUCCACCUUGCUGGACCACCUCCUGGGACUUCUACUGCAUGGGAAAGACCCUGGGAGGCCCUGAAGCCACGCAAUGGUGACGUUGUAGGACAGAAACCGGGGAUGGGAUGGAAUCGGGAUAAGGUCUAAAAGAAAGUGGCCAGAAUCGGGUACGGGGAACCACCGCCUCUCUGCUUAGCUGCAGACUACGAAGUUGUGGUCUUUUGUUGCUGUUGUCCCUUUUUGCUUGAGCUGGGUCAUGGUUAGUUCCGGGUUCCCUGCAUUCUGUCCCCAUUGUGACACUCCUAGCCCACAGUGCCGUCUAAUUGUGACCUCAGGCACAGCCUCAGCUACACCAGUCUGGAGGGGGGCGGGUUGCGGAGACCCUCAUUCAGCGAAUUCCUAAAUUUCAAAUAUUUCCCCAUAUUGCCAAAGUCACAAUACGUGCUGAUAAGUGAUAUGAGAAUCCUAAGAAAGGUCAUGAACCGAAAAGAAGAUGUUUGGAGAAUUUUUAUUGGAAAUAGGAAUAGCUCCCUGAUUCCUUGGAAGCAACCUGAGUAGGUGGCCAUGUGCUUGCUGGAUCCAGAGGAGGCAAUGACCUUUGAGGAUGUGGCUGUGAACUUCACCAUGGAGGAGUGGGCUUUGCUGAAUCCAUCCCAAAAGAAGCUCUACAGAGAUGUGAUGGGGGAAACCUUUAGGAACAUGGCUGCUAUAGGAAGAGCCUGGGAUAACCAGGAAGUUGAAGAAGUAUACAAAAAUUCCUGGGGAAAUCUAAGAAAUGAAGAGGUAGAGAAAUGUUAUCAAAAUAAAGGUUGGAAUAAGUAUGAAGAAAUAUUCUUUUGGACUCCAGAUGAUAAUAUGGACAUGAAACAAGCUGGUUUAAGAACAACUGACAACCUUGCUUGCAGAAAGCCCCUGCUUGGGCAUUUGUCACUGAAUGUGCCCAUCACAGCUCACACUGGACUGAAGACAUACGAACACUUGGGGUUGGAAGAGAAGCUGUGUAAAUCUAAUGAAUAUGGAAGAACCUGCAGUGAUUUUCAGUCCUUUCAGAAGGAUACAAGCACAGAGACUGGAGAGAAACCCUACGAAUAUGAUCAAUGUGGGAAAUCCUACUCUGAUGUUAAUGAAAGAACCCACCUUCGAGAGAAGACCUUUCUACAUAAGAAAAAUUUGAGAGCCUCCUGCACACCCAAUGAUGUUCAGAUCCAUGAAAGAACUCACACUGGGGAAAAACCCUAUGUAUGUAAGCAAUGUGGGGAAGCUUUUAGUACACAAGAUUAUUGUAAAAUACAUGAAAGAAUUCACAUUGGGGAGAAAGCCUAUGUAUGUAAGCAAUAUGGGAAAGCUUUCAGUCAACAUGAACAUUGUAAACAACCUGAAAGAAAUCACAGUGGGGGAAAACUUUAUGCCUGUAAGCAGUGUGGGAAGGCUUUUAGUAAACACAGUCGUUGUCAAAUACAUGAAAGAACUCACAGUGGGGAGAAACCCUAUAUAUGUAAACACUGUGGGAAAGCUUUUAGUACACAAGAUUAUUGUAAAAUACAUGAAAGAAUUCAUACUGGGGAGAAACCCUAUAUAUGUAAGCAAUGUGGGAAAGCUUUUAGUACUCAUAGUAAUUGUCACAAACAUGAAAGAACUCACACUGGGGAAAAACCUUAUGUAUGUAAGCAGUGUGGGAAAGCUUUUAGUACACAACGCUGUUGUAAAAUACAUGAAAGAAUUCAUACUGAGGAGAAGCCCUAUGUAUGCAAGCAGUGUGGGAAAGCUUUUAGUACACAAGGUUGUUGUAAAAUACAUGAAAGAAUUCACACUGGAGAGAAACCUUAUGUGUGUAAGCAGUGUGGGAAAGCUUUUAGUACACAAGCUCAUUGUAAAAUACAUGAAAGAAUUCAUACUGGGGAGAAACCUUAUGCUUGUAAGCAGUGUGGGAAGGCUUUCAGUAGACACAGUCAUUGCCAAAUACAUGAAAGAACUCACACAGGAGAGAAACCCUAUGUAUGUAAACAAUGUGGGAAAGCUUUUACUACACAAAAUUAUUAUCAUUGUAAAGUACAUGAAAGAAUUCACACUGGGGAGAAACCCUAUGUAUGUAAGCAGUGUGGGAAAGCAUUCAAUACACACAGUUGUUGUAAAAGACAUGAAAUGACUCACACGGGGGAGAAGCCCUAUGUUUGUAAGCAGUGUGGGAAAGCUUUUAGUACACAAGGUUGUUGUAAAAUACAUGAAAGAAUUCACACUGGGGAGAAACCCUAUGUAUGUAAGCAGUGUGGGAAAGCUUUUAGUACACAAGGUUGUUGUAAAAUACAUGAAAGAAUUCACACUGGGGAGAAACCCUAUGUAUGUAAACAAUGUGGGAAAGCUUUCAGAUUGCUUGGUGCUUGUAAAGUACAUGAAAGAAUUCACACUGGGGAGAAACCCUAUGUAUGUACGCAAUGUGGGAAAUCUUUCACAGUGCGUGGUGCUUGUCAAAUACAUGAAAGAACUCACACACCAGAGAAACCUUAUGUAUGUAAGCAAUGUGGGAGAGCUUUCAGUAAACAACGUUAUUGCAGAAAACAUGAAAGAAAUCACACAAGGGAUAAACCCUAUGUGUGUAAGCAAUGUGGGAAAGCUUUUAGUAAACACGGUUAUUCUUUACUUUCAAUUUUAAACAUAACCCGAGUCCAGCAAAAUGAGCUACCCUGGGUGCGCUGGCCGCAGGACAGGCACAGGCCCACGCUGUCGCUUAGGGCAGGAGCGUCGCGAGCCGGAACUCGCCAGAAAUCACUGCGAGAGGCCAUUCAGGGGCACCCGGGCGAGGAGCGGGUGAGGCCGAAAGGGAUCACCGAAGACCGUUAG